AACCGAUCUUAAACACCAGGUCUUGAGCCCCUUGAAGUGUUUUUAGAGGGGUAUACAUUAACGAACUACACAUCGGCAUCACUAACGAUUGCGCUUGUGCACCAUGGUGGAUUCUGUGGCACAGGAGCUUGUUGACUUCCUGAAUGCGUCUCCAACUCCCUUCCAUGCCGUCCAGGAAUCAAAAAACAGACUACUGAAAGCAGGCUAUCAGCAACUGUCUGAAAGAGCGUCAUGGACUUUGGAAGCUGGAGGGAGAUAUUUCUUUACAAGAAAUUACUCGACCAUAGUUGCUUUCGCAGUUGGCAAAAAGUAUGUUCCUGGUAAUGGAUUCUUGAUUAUUGGUGCACAUACGGACAGUCCCUGCCCAAAACUAAAGCCUACAACGAAGGUCAUCAAGAGUGGCUUUUUGGAGGUUGGUGUAAGCACCUAUGGAGGCGGCUUAUGGCAUACUUGGUUUGACCGAGAUCUGACGGUUGCUGGGCGAGUGGUGCUCAAGCGAAAAAAUGGAGAGAAAUCUUCUUACUCGCACGAGCUUGUAAGAGUUGAGCAGCCGAUCAUGCGGAUUCCUACACUUGCCAUUCAUCUGGACAGAGGUGUCAAUGAUGGGUUCAAAGUUAACACGCAGACACAUUUAGCACCUGUCCUAGCUUCAAUAAUUAAAGCGGAAACAAACAAGCCCGCCGGGUCCAAUAGUACGGAAGAGGACACUUCACCCUCUAAAUGCAAUGGAAAUCAAUCAGAUGAUCAUCAUCCACUUCUUCUACAGUUACUUGCUAACGAGCUUGCAUGCAAACCUGAUGAAAUUGUUGACUUCGAUAUUCAAGUUUGUGACACGCAACCUAGCAUUAUUGGUGGAGCUCUGAAAGAAUUCAUAUUUUCAGGCAGACUCGACAAUCUCUGUUCGUCUUUUUGCUCUUUGAAGGCAUUGAUCGACUCAUCAUCAGAUUUGGCCGAAGAAGUAGGAAUACGCAUGGUCGCUUUGUUCGAUCAUGAAGAAGUAGGUUCUCAAUCCGCUCAGGGUGCCGGGUCUCCAGUUCUGGUUGAUGCUUUGAGACGUAUCACAAGCCAUUUUGGGGAAUCAUCUGCUGAGGGGCUUUUAGAGAGAGCAAUUCAGAAGAGCUUUUUGGUUUCUGCAGACAUGGCGCAUUGUUUGCAUCCCAAUUACCCGGAAAAGCAUGAGGAGAACCAUCAGCCAAAGAUGCACAGAGGGCUUGUGAUUAAAGACAAUGCUAACCAGCGCUACGCAACGAAUGCCAUAACUUCUUUCAUCUUCCGAGAGAUAGCGAAGUUGCGCAAUCUUCCUACACAGAACUUUGUGGUGCGAAAUGAUGUGGCAUGUGGGUCCACUAUUGGACCUAUCUUGGCUAGUGGAAUUGGCAUUCGUACUGUUGAUGUUGGGGCACCCCAGUUGUCGAUGCAUAGCAUCAGAGAGAUGUGCGGAGUUGAUGAUGUUGGAUAUUCAUACAAUCACUUCAAAGCUUUUUUCGAAGAUUUUUCAGCUUUGGACGCGCAACUUGCUGUUGACGAACCUUAAGACACAUUCUGGAUAUAGUGAUGGAAAUAGAGGAUCUACCCUAUUGUUAGCAGAUGUGUCAACAGGUGCAUAUCCAAGUGACUGGGUAUUUAGAGAGAACCUAUUACCUCAUGACGUUUGUUAAAUUGCUAUCAUUACACAUGACCGUGAACGAGUAUGCAGGCCAGCAUGUAUGUUGAGAGAUUCUCGGGAGUGGUGUAGUUGGUCAGAGAAUCCGAAAUUUCAAGAUUGCUAUUCCAGGUGUCCGUCUUAAUGACAGAGCCUGAUCUGCUGGUUGUCACAUCGCGUACCAAAAAAAGAUCAGAGAGGAUGGGUGGUCUUCUUUGCUGAAUUA